GGAGCUCAUGGCACCCCACACACCCCCAGAGCUUCACACAACCCCCGAGGUGUCCGGACCGAGGUCCGGAGUUGCCCCGGAGUUGCAGCUGGAAUGUGGAGAGAACCCUCCAGCAGCAGCGAUUUAUCCGGGGUUUGGAGAUCAGGUGUAGAUGGAGUUAUUUACAGUCUUAAAAUGAUGCAGCACAAAGUGCUAAAGGCAGUUUGUAACUACUGCAGGCUGUGCAGGCUGCUGACUGGGGGCUGCUUUGAAGAUCAGAGAGGACCCUGAGUGAUCUGUCAGAAGGGCUUUACUAAAGCCUGGAGUGACUCUGAGCCUGAGCUCACAGAGCACUAAUUCUGUCUGCACUGGCUGUGGGCACAUGGUCCUGGUUCUGAUGCACCGCUCAGAGUACACGGUGAAACUUCUGCACCAGCUGCAGAGGGUGAGACAACACCUGUGUGGAAGAAAGCCUGGAAAAAACCCACCAAUGCUAACCAUGUCUUUGGGUUCAUCUACACAAGGACCAAAAAGAAGUACUGAGUGUUUGGAAAGCCAAGAACUGCAGACUCCAUCAUCAUUUCAAGAUAACCCUCUUCAACAAUUACAGUUAGCAUCCCAGGAAGUACUGGAAAAGGCAAAAAAGAGUGGCAGAUCAAAAUGCCCCCGAUGCAGUAGUUCAAGGAUGUUUUAUUGUUAUACAUGCUUUGUUCCUGUUGAAACUGUCCCUACCAAAGAAAUUCCAACUGUGAAGUUACCUUUGAAGAUUGACAUUAUCAAGCACCCAAAUGAAACAGAUGGCAAGAGCACUGCUGUGCAUGCAAAGCUCCUGGCACCUGAUGAUGUUACAAUUUAUAAAUACCCUUGCAUUCCAGAAUAUGAAGAAAAGAGACAUGAAAUAGCACUUAUAUUUCCUGGCCCCAAUUCGGUUUCAGUAAAAGAUAUUGCUUUCCAUCUCCAAAAGUACACUAAAAAAGGUGUCUGUAAUAGUGAUGAUGACUGUUCCAAAGAACCAGUUCUUAAGCAAGCAAAAAUAGACCCUAAAGAAGAAAAAAGUCCAAACGAAUGCAUCCCAAGCAGCAGGAAUGAAGGCACUGGACUGAAGAAAAUAAUAUUUAUUGACAGUACCUGGAACCAAACCAACAAGAUAAUAACUGAUGAACGACUUCAAGGGUUGCUACAAGUUGAGUUGAAGACAAGGAAAACUUGUUUUUGGCGUCAUCAGAAGGGAAAGCCAGACACGUACCUCUCCACAAUAGAAGCCAUUUAUUAUUUCCUUGUGGACUAUCAUCAGGAAAUUUUGAAAGAGAACUACAAAGGACAAUAUGAUAACCUGCUUUUUUUCUUUUCAUUUAUGUACACAUUGAUUAAAAAUGCCAAGUGUUGUGCAGGAAAAGAAUAAGAUGUCUGUCUAUAGGUGCAUGACACAACUUUUUUUUGUAGUGAUAAACUGCACAGACAUAACUAGUUUUGUCUGACUGAAAUCUGGAAAUAGAUUGUACAGUGGCUACAGUGUUUGUCCAGAAGUAACUGCAGACCUCAUCCUUCACACUUGAGGUUGUAGAACUACUCAGAUGAGCACUCCAGUCAGAGUUACUUUUUUUGAAAACGGUUACACUUUGCUAGAUCUUGCUGGAUUUCAUCCUACAGGUGUGAUGUGCUCACUGUGAUGAGCACCGUUCCUGAGGUGGGGAUAGGAGGACUUGCCAUAAGGAGUGAUCCCUCUAACUGUAAAAAUGAAUUAACUUGCUAGCUUUUUAUUGUUACUAAUAGUUCAUGUCAGGUGUUUUCUUUUUGUUUUACACAGUAAUAAGGAUUUCACUUUCAUGACAUCAAAAGCUUACAGAAAUUAAUAGGGUGGUAUUUAAUGAGGAGAGUUGCACCAAUACAAAAUGAAAGAGCACAUUAAUUGAAUACAAAUUCUGUACUUUCAAAAUUAAGUCUGGAAAAUUAUUCUAGUAAUAAAAAAAGUGAUCUCUUUAAA